AAGACUUUCUCUCUCCAAUGGAAUCAACCCAAAAUCUAUCUUUACAAAACUAUCCUAACUUACCAAUAGUAGAUCACCUCAAAUUCCUAGCUAUUUUACUUCUCACUAUAUUUGAAUCAUAUUUUAUUCUCCUAAAAUAUGAAUUAUCUUUUCAUAUUAUUCCCAUUUCAUGCAUCUUUUCUUAUUUUAUACUCCAAUAUAUUCUCUCAAAACCUCCUAAAAUAUUUUUAGUAGAUUUUUCAUGUUAUAAGCCUCCAAAUUAUUGUAGAAUUCCACUUUCUUCCUUUAUAGAGCAUGUCCAUUUAAUUAAUUUUGACAAAGAAAGUGCUGAUUUUAUGUCCAAAAUCCUAAAUUCUUCGGGCCAAGGCCCAGAGACUUAUCUCCCACCAUCUUUGCAUUUUAUCCCUCCAAGGCCCACCCAUUAUAAGUCCAUUGAGGAGGCUAAGAUGGUUCUUUUUCCUAUAAUGGAAGAUCUUUUAAUUAAGUCCAAUCUCUCUCCUCUUGAUAUUGAUAUUCUUAUUGUUAAUUGUAGUGGGCUUUGUUCUUCUCCUAGUUUGACUACACUAGUUGUUAACAAGUUCAAACUUAGGCCCAAUAUCAAAACUUUUAAUCUCUCUGGUAUGGGCUGUAGUGCUAGUAUGAUCUCUAUGGGCCUGGCCCAAGAUUUGCUCUUGCUCCAUAGAGAGUCCAAUGUAGUUAUAUUGAGUACCGAGAUCUUAACUAUGGGCUGGUACUCGGGCAAUGAUCGGUCAAAAUUGGUCCUAAACUGCCUCUUCCGAAUGGGUGGGGCCGCUAUUUUACUAUCCAAUCGAAAGAAGGCCCAAAAUGGGUCUAAAUACCGAUUGAUUUGGAAUUCAAGGGCCCAACGGGCUUUUAUUGAUCGUGCUUAUAAAUCCGCUUUUAGAGAAGAGGACUCUAAUGGGCUUACUGGGGUGACCCUUAAUAAGGACAUCCUAGAAGUAGCCUCGGAUAUGAUUCGAGCCCAAUUAAUCGCUCUGGGGUCCUUCAUGUUACCAGCUUUGGAGAAGUUAAAGUUUGUUACAUCCAUUGUUAGGAAGAAAUAUUUGAAGAAGUCAGCUGAGAUUUACAUGCCAAAUUUUAAAACAAUCAUUCGACAUUAUUGUUUGCCGGUAUCCGGUAAGCCGGUGAUAAGAGAGAUAGGGAAAGGGUUGAAGUUAGGAGAGAGAGAUAUGGAGGCAGCAUUAGCUACAUUACAUAGAUUUGGAAAUCAAUCUUCUUCUUCUUUGUGGUAUGAGUUAGCUUAUUUAGAAGCUAAAGAGAGAGUGAGGGAAGGGGAAAGAGUAUGGAUGCUUGGUAUGGGAAGUGGACCCAAGUGUACUAGUGUUGUUUUAGAAUGUAUUAGGCCCAUUCUUGGUGAGUCCAACAAGGGCCCAUGGGCUGGUUGCAUUGAUAAUUAUCCAGCUUUAGCAUUUAGUAGUUAAAUUCAUAUCACUAUUCACAAUUUUACUAGCUCUAAUCUCUUAAAAUGUAAAGCACUUUUUUCCCUAGUGGAUUUUAGUUGCACUUCUCCAACUUCUCCAGCUAAAAAUUUUAAUGCCUUCUGAAGUGUUGUGACUUGUAUCUCUGUAACAUGUGUGGCUUCAAGAGUACUGUGAUAAUUAUAAUUUAUUUUGUUCAUCUUUAUACUAUAUAUUUCAUCCGUUUCGUUUUAAAUGUAACAAAGGGGUAUUAUUUGUCAAAUAUAAAAUAUUCAUUUGUUAUGUUUAAAACGAAACUGAGGAAGUAGACACUUAUAAUCAUAUUUAGGGGAUAUAUUGAUAUAUUAUCUUAGAUGGAGUUGGCUCUUACAACCAAUAUAUCCACCUGACCAUUUGAUGAAUUGAAUUCGUCAAUGGCUACCAUAACUCUCUCCUCUUUAUUUGAUAUAAGGUCUGAAUGACUCGUACACCCAACAUACCUCACCAGGCACCUAGCACUUGCGGUUCCUUAGGUACCUAGCACUUGCGGUUCCUUGUUCGAACGGACUAUCCGAAACAUUAAAUGACUCUUAAGCACCCAAGAUCCACAUUGAUGCAAGGAUUUGAGGAUCUUAUACAUUGAGCCAAGGAAAA